GUUUUAUAAAAUAGUUUUUUUUUCAGAUUUUUUAACCUCCAUGGUUGGUGGUUUAGGUGUAGUGGGGAUAGUGGGUGGUACCCUAGCUGGUUCAGCCCUUACGCUCUUUCUUCUUCGUCAAUAUGUUUCCAGUAAAUGGGGAUAUUUUAAAUCUGACAGAAAUUUGAAAGGGCAGGUUGUAAUCAUAACUGGAGGAAAUGCAGGACUUGGAGCUGAAGUAGUUAAAGAUAUUGCCGCUAGAGGCGCGACAGUUGUACUUGCUUGUAGUUUUGUAGGAAUUGGGAGACAACGCGAAUAUUCCUGGCGGAAGUGCGUAAAUUAACCGGAAACAAUGAUAUUCAGUUCAUCAAGCUAGAUCUCGCCUCUCUACAGUCUGUUA